GUCAAAAACGAAAACAUUAGUCACAUUAGAAUCUCUGUGACAUCUGUCUCCUUUUUAUUUAGUUAAAAGCAUCUCUUUACGCGUCACUUCCACGCUCCAUCACACGCGCGUGGUCGAACAUUCGAAGAGCUUUUGACUCUUCACCAACUUCUCUCUCUCCCUGUUUCGCUGUGCUCUUCUUCACCUCACUCUCUGAACAACAAAAAUAAAAGCUUAAAACCCCACAAAAAUGGCGGAUGCAAUUCCAGUUUCCCGUUUAGCCCCCGCCGCAUUGGCGUAUUUAAUCCUCCUUUCCACCGCUUCCACCGUCGCCGGAAUCAACAUCACCGCCGUCCUCUCCCCAUUCCCCGACCUCUCCAACUUCGCCGGCCUCCUCUCCUCCUCCGGCGUGGCGGUGGAGCUCGUUGGACGGAGCUCCAUCCCCCUCCUCGCCGUCCCCAACUCUCCCCUCUCCUCCUCUGCCGCCGUGAGCCUCACGCGCCGUCUCCCUCCGUCCUCCCUCGCCGACCUCCUCCGCUUCCACGUCCUCCUCCAGUUCCUCUCUGACCAUGACCUCCGCCGCAUCCCCCCAUCCGGCUCCACCAUCACCACCCUCUACGCCGCCUCCGGCCGCGCCUCCUCCGGCUCCACGGGCUCCGUCAACAUGACCCGCGACCCGUCCACCGGUUCCAUCACCGUCGGCUCACCGACCUCUUCAAACGUCACCGUUAUGAAGCUCCUCUCUAUCCUCUCCCCAAACAUCGCCACCGUCCUGGCCGUCGACUCCCUUCUCGUCCCCUCCGGGAUCGACCUCACCGCGUCGGAGAACCUCACCCCUCCGCCGGAAAAUCCGCCGCCGCCGGUCAACAUAACACAGGCCCUGAUAAACGGGCACGAAUUCAACGUCGCGGUCUCCAUGCUCGUGGCCUCCGGCGUAGCCUCCGACUUCGAGAGCGACGAGCGCGGCGCCGGAAUCACCGUCUUCGUGCCCACCGACGGCGCGUUCUCCGAUCUUCCGGCGAAGAUGAAUCUCCAAUCCCUCGCCGCCGAUCAAAAAGCCGUCGUGUUGAAAUUCCACGUGCUCCAUUCGUAUUACCCACUGGGAUCGCUCGAAUCCAUCACCAACCCGGUUCAGCCCACGUUGGCGACGGAGGAAAUGGGAGCUGGGUCGUACACGUUGAACAUCUCCCGGGUUAACGGGUCGGGUAUUUCGAUCAAUUCGGGUAUGGUUAUAGCCCAUGUGACCCAGACGGUUUUCGAUCAGAACCCGGUUUCUAUAUUCGGUAUCUCUAAUGUGCUUUUGCCCAAGGAAUUGUUCGGCAAAGUUCCGGACUCCGGCGGUGCUUCUCCGCCUCCGGAUAUUUCACUCUCGCCGGAGAGUUCGGAUGAUCAGCCUUCCCGGCUGCCUUCGCCGCCGGGCGGUGUAAAUUCCGGCGACGUCUGGGGGACACGAAUUUCCUUGGUCUUGUGUUGUAUAGUGUUGUGUUGUGCGUUGGUAUGAUGUUUCUUUUUUUUUUAAUUUAAUUCUGGAAUUAGCGUUCGAAUUUUGUAGAUGUAGAAAUAUUAUUGGACCGUUUUGGGCAUGAAAAUUGUUUGUUUUGCCAAAACUUCUUUUUUUGUUGGGUUUUUUCCAUAUUUGUUUUCUUUUUUU